AUGGAUCAGGCAUGGAAUGAUAAACAACCGUCAUUGCGUUACGCUGUCCUCGCAGAACACUCGUACAGCAAACGUCCGGAACAACAGCCCGAUGACAACUCCGGAAAUCAAGCAUGCAAUUAUAUGCAACCGUCAUCGGGUAACACUAUCUUCACAGAACCCUCGUACAGCAGACAUCAGGAACAACAGCCCGAUGAUAACACUGGAAAUCAAGCAUGGAAUGGUAUACAACCAUCAUCGGGUAACACUGUCUUCACAGAUCACUCAUACAGCAAACGUCCGAAAGAACAACCUGAUGACAACACCAAGAAUCAAGCAUGGAAUGGUAUACAACCGUCGUCGAGUUACAAUGUCUUCACAGAACCCUCGUACAGCAGACAUCAGGAACAACAGCCCGAUGAUAACACUGGAAAUCAAGCAUGGAAUGGUAUACAACCAUCAUCGGGUAACACUGUCUUCACAGAUCACUCAUACAGCAAACGUCCGAAAGAACAACCUGAUGACAACACCAAGAAUCAAGCAUGGAAUGGUAUACAACCGUCGUCGAGUUACAAUGUCUUCACAGAACACUCGUACAGCAAAAGUCCGGAACAACAGCCCGAUGACAACUUCGGGUAUCAAGCAUGCAAUUAUAUGCAAUCAUCAUCAUGUAACACUAUCUUCGCAGAACACUCGUACAGCAGACGUCCGGAACAUCAGCCCGAUGAUAACACCAAGAAUCAAGCAUGGAAUGGUAUACAAUCGUCCUCGGGUAACACUAUCUUCACAGAACACUCGUACAGCAUACGUCCAGAACACCAGCCUGAUGACAACUCCGGGAAUCACGCAUGGAAUGGUAUACAACCAUCAUCGGGUAACACUGUCUUCACAGAAUACUCGUACUUCAAAAGUCCCGAACAACAUUCCGAUAACAACAUCAUGAAUCAAGCAUGGAAUUUUAUACAAUCAUCAUUGGAUAACUCAGAAAACUCGUACAGCAAACGUCCGGAACAACAGUCCGAUGAUUUCGGGAAUCAAGCAUGGAGCUAUAUGCAACCAUCAUCAGGCAACACUGUUUUCACAGAAUACUCGUCCAUCAAAAGUCCCGAACGACAGUUCGAUAACAACACCAUGAAUCAAGCAUGGAAUGAUAUACAACCAGCAUCGGGCAACACUGUCUUCACAGAGCACUCGUAUAUCAAUAGUUCCGAACAACAGCCUGAUGACAACACUGGAAAUCAAGCAUGGAAUGAUAUACAAUCAUUUUCGAGUGACUCUGCCUUCACAGAUCACUCGUAUAGCAAAGGUUCGGAACAACAAAACACCGACAACAACAUGGAUCAACCAUGGAAUGGUAUGCAGUCGACAUCAUGUUUCGGUGUCAUGCACCAGAACGAGUCUUACGGAGAAGCUGAAUUACACAACGCUGCAUCGAAUGACAUCAUGGGGACGUUGUUGCAGGCUAUUCACGAUUGGGCUGAUUCCAUUGAUAUGAACUAA